AUGGCACUACAUAUUCUCCCCGACAAUACCAUCCUCCCCUUUGCCUCUGAAACUUCUCUUUCCUCUCCCCAACUGUUUCCCACCCUGCUUCCGACGCAAGAUCACGACCUGAUACUCGAAAACCUCUCCUUCUCAACGUCCGAGAUGAAGACGCAAAGUGUCGCGGAUGACCGGAGUUUGAGCGAGGAACAGGCCAUCUCACGCACUCAGCGUCGCGCUGCAGUUCAGCAGACACUGCCAUCUUCAACGGCACCCAAGGCUAGCGCUAUGUCUCGCUCUACAUCAAACGGAUCAGUGGUAUCAAUUACUGCCACAAACGUCACAGAAUUCCCGACAGCGCCCAUGUAUGGUAGACCAGUCAACUUUGGCUUGGUUGUUCCUGGUGUUUAUCGAAGCAGCUAUCCUAAGAAGGAAGACUAUUCCUUCUUGAAGAGCCUGAAGCUGAAGACGAUAGUCACCCUGGUCAAGAAAGAUGAGCCCGAUCACGAGCUUGAGUCUUUUAUCGCUGCCAAUGGCAUCCAACAGGCCGUCUUCAACAUGAAGGGGACCAAGAAAGAACCCAUUCCGCCCGCCACCAUGGCCGCCAUUCUCGAACUGGUUCUGAACCGGGAAAACUACCCUCUCAUGAUCCAUUGCAACCAUGGAAAGCACCGUACCGGAUGCGUCGUCGCCGUUGUCCGCAAGCUGUCUGGCUGGGGCCUCGACAGAACCGUUGACGAGUACACCACCUAUGCUUCCCCCAAGGCUCGGGAAUGUGAUGUUGAGUACAUCACCUCAUUUCAGCCCAGAUCGCUCGAGAUUACCUUGGUUCGGUCGGUCCAUGCCGAGAAUCCGCGCUUCAGCCCACUCCAAGUGCGGUCAUUUAUGAGGACCCUUUUGUUCACUGCCGUGGUCACGUCAAUAUGGCUGGUGUCUGGUUCUCGCAUGGUUGGCCACCGCAACGACAUGUCCAGCUAG